UUUAAAACGGAACAGAAUGUCACUAGCACAGCGACAGCGUUAGACUGAAGCGUGAUAAUUUACCAGAUUCCAUCGGCUUCGCGCAGAUUGUUCGGGUAGAGCGAAACAGACAGGAGCACUGUGUUCAUUGGCCAUUCAGAAAAUAAAUUGGGAACGACAUUGAAAAAGAACAGUUCUGUUUUCAACAGGUAGAAAGGUUGGCUUCCUUUUCAGCGCUUUACCUGCACAGCAUUCAUUAUUCAUCCUUCAUCUAGAUCAGUUCCUCGGCGACGAAGCUACAAUUAGGCACUGCGCAACACUGCGGAGACACAUUGACUAUCGGUGGAACACCGCCAGGCUUCGGAGGAAACACCGUCAAGAUCCAUAAACCUCUCCGUCGAGGCCCGACUGAAGCCGGAAACCUCCGCUCUCCCUCCUCCUCCUCCUCCUCCUCCUCCUCCUCUUCCUCCUCCCUGGCCUCCGGCGUCGCGAUGGCGCGGCGCGUGUGACCCAUGGGCUCGUCCCCCGCCGCGCUGUCCAAGCUGAAGCUGGGGAAGCUGAAGGUGGUGCGCAGGCAGCUCCUGCAGCGCUAUGAGCACCAGCCCUUCGUGUCCUGCCUGGCGGGGCUCUACGGGUGCCAGUGGAGGCGCUACCAGAGGGCCCGCACCCCGCCAGGGGCGUGCUGCUGCACCAAGGUGGAAUGUGGAAGUUUUGGGCUCCUGAUAGCAACAUUUUGGCUCUCCCUGGUGUUCCUGUAUUUCUGGAGUGAGGCACAGAAUGACUACAAUGACUUUGACUGGUUCAACUUUGGAAACCUGGGCUUCUGGUUCCCAUGGUCAGUGGUGCUGCUGGUUGUUGCUGCCACAUUCUUCAGCUAUGUGACUCUGCUGCUGGUUCUUGCAGUGUGUUUGCUGUCUGAGGGGCAGCAACUGUAUCUGCAUUGGGGACACAAGAUUGGGAUCCUUGUGACUCUGGCUUUCUCCAUUGUGGCCACAGCGGUGCUUUCUGACCUGUGGAGUAAAGAAUGGUCUACUCUUCUCCUGUCCUUCCAGGUUACAGCACCAUAUCUGCAUGUGGGCGGAGUCUUGAUGAUGACAAUCUUGUCCUGGCCAAUAGCCUUGCAUUACUUCCGCAUGCGCAAGAAAGUCAAACGGGCGGUUACCAUGGGACUGUACUUGGCAGUCCUCUUCUCCCUUUACCUGGUUCCCCUGGGUUUGUAUUCGCCCUGCAUCAAAGAAGAGGGCACCCUGGGACCUGCUCCUGUUCUCAUUGGGCACAGAGGUGCCCCCAUGCUCGCACCUGAGAACACCCAGAUGUCCUUCGAGAAGGUGGUGGAGGCAGGAGGAGACGGCCUAGAAACAGAUGUCGCCAUCAGCUAUGACGGGGUUCCAUUUCUGAUGCACGACAGAACUUUGCGAAGGACCACGAAUGUGCAGGAGGUGUUCCCGGACCGCACAGACUCCCUGGCCGCCAUGUUCAAUUGGACUGAGCUUCAGAGACUAAACGCCGGCACCUGGUUCCUCUCUCGUGACCCCUUCGGAACCGCCUCCUCUCUGGUCCCAGCAGAUCGGGCCCGAGCACAGAACCAGUCUGUCUUCACGCUGCGCAACUUCCUGGACCUGGCCGCCCUGCACGGGAAAAUGGUGAUCUUUGACCUUUACCGCCCACCUAGGGGACACCCCUACAGAGACACCUGGAUCACCCGCACUCUGGAGGUCAUCCACAAUGAGUCCUCCAUCCGAUCCAGCCAGGUGCUCUGGCUGCCCUGGGAACUGAGGAACCUGGUCCAGGAGCUAGACCCAGCCCUGCAGCAGACCUCUGGGAGGAAGGCCGCCAUUGAGGAGCUGCAGGAGAACAAGAUCGUCAAGCUUAACCUCCAUUACAGCUCCAUGUCCGAGGAGCAGAUCAGCAAGUAUGCAUCAGUGAACAUCAGCACUAACCUGUAUGUGAUCAGCCAGCCCUGGCUGUACUCUUUGGCCUGGUGUGCCGGGGCCCAGUCUGUCACUACCAACGCCCUGCAAGUCCUCAAGAAUCUGCGUAGGCCGCUCUUCCUCAUGACUCCGCAGGAGUACAAACGGAUGUGGAUCCCCACGGAUGUCGUGUCUGCCGUCCUCAUCCUCAUCAUCUUCGUCUUUCACUGGUGGAGGGAACGGGGUUUGGCUUUCUACUCGGGCGGUCGAGAAACAAAUGACGAUGGAAGCUACAGCAAGUUCAGAACAGAGCUAAGUGACGUGUGGUCGGUCUCUGGCGUCGGUACAUUCGGACAGGCCGUGAAUGCAGCCGUCGCCCCAAAGCUGAGCUCCGUUUCCGAAAUGCAGGAGGCCUCUGGGACUGCCCAUCUGCCUUGAUGUUAUCGCAGCCCUCCACAUUUCACUGCCCUCCAUGAUCGGUGUUCACUGGAUGUACUGCAAAUCCACGGAGAAAUUAAUCUGCCUUUUCUUAAAAUAAUGUCACAGAAUGCUUAGAUAGCCUCCAGAAAAAGAUGUUUAACAAUAUUGGCAGGCUCAUCCAGGUGCUUACCAUCCAUUGAAUUAUCUACCUCGCCCCAGCCCUUGUCUCAGUGAAGGUUCAUGCCUUGUGGGGGAAUAGAGUCCUUGUUGUACUGUUUGUUAUACAGUAUAUGACCUGUGAUAUUCCUGUAUCGACUGUCAAAUACCAUUAUAUGUGAAAAAUGGAUUUCUGGAUCAAUACCAUUAAUUUCGGUUCACAUGUAUAAAUACAAAAGGCAGCAGUAUGAAUCAUUGAGGAAAAAAGUGUGAAUUCACAUGUGGUGUGAAACUGUUUCAACAAUGUUUUACAAUGAAUUUUCAGUGAUUAUAUUUAAUCAUAUUCAAUGUAAUAUGAAGCACAGGUGGUGCUGAUAAACUUGGCCUAGCCCAUUCAUUUCUUUAAUCAAAUGCCCCUGUCAAACAGGAUUCUAGUUAAGUGUUUUUGUAAAUGGCUUCCUGUGUAAUAUUAAUAAGUAGUCUUCAUUUAAAUUACAAGCAGCAUUUUGGACAUUCCUGACUGCUUGUAUCAUUCGUGUUAAAGCUUUAAGCUUUUACUAUAUGGACCCAUUCAGAACUGAUACUAAAUUACAAGCACUUUCUGGACAUAUGGUUGCAAUUUGAAUGGUUUUUUACAUUUAUAGCCAUGUAUGGACAGUCUUGGAAAUGGAAAAGGGCACAUAAAACAGUAGUAAAAAAUAAGUCCUUCUGGCAAGGAAUAAAAAUGUGAGUUAGAAAGUUUCUACACAGUCUCUGGCUGGUCCAAUAAAAACUCCAGCUCAGACAGCUGGUGUUUGUUUCUGUUUGAUCAUAGAUAAAACUUAUGAAACAAACAUUCUUGUUUCCCCUCUGCAGGACCGGUGAGUUCUUGUGAAUGUGCUGAUAUAGUUUGCGGAGGUGGCCCAUGGUACGGUAUCAGCCCAGCACUGGCUGUAGCUGUUAGCCCCCACGAUGGCUGUAGCGUCAUCCAGGGAGUAAGGGAUAUCACUCAAUCUCAACAUAUCAGCUAUCCCCUCUGGUCAACUGGGUGACCACACCACUGGGCUCCAGUGACUCAGUGUUUGUGCCAUCAUGUGAGGAAUAUAAGCAGUGGCUUGACAUUGGACAAGAGUGCCUGUUCAUCAGUGCUCUGCAGUGUUUACAGAGAAAUAACAAAUUCCAAAUUGGGUAAAAGAAAUAGGGGAAAAUAAACGUAUUUACCACAAAAGAGUGAAUAUUUGAUGUUCAAAAUUAGUGCAAAGGUAUGAGUGAAAGCCACUUUCAUUCUGAAGCACUUCUUAUGUGUGGCCAAAGCAGUGACUAUUCAUCACUUUGAAUAUGGAUACAUCACAACAAUUACGAAAGGUUACGAUAUAGGUGUGUCAUACACUGCAGGACAGCUUACUUUCCUCUGUCUUUGUUAAUUAAGAGUUGUUGUGACAUUUUAAAUUGACCUCUGUGUCUCUUUGCUAUAUGCUAUGACUGUAUGUUACAUAAAAUACAUAUUUUGAAA